AUGGAUCCUGCUUGUUUCUCCACUACACAGCGACUUUCAUGUCACAUGAUGAAUCCGGAUUUAUUCAAACCAUCUCCGGACCGAGCGCAAACGGCUCCACCGCCCAAACCAAGUCGGAGUAAAUCAGAGCAAAUUAAACCAGAACCCGCGCAGGUGGUGGUUGACCCAAAGACUGGACGGUCUUACUUCAAAGGAAAGCUUCUAGGAAAGGGCGGUUUUGCACGAUGCUAUGAAAUGACAGAUCUUGCCACCAACAAAAUGUAUGCUGUGAAGGUUAUUCCACAAAGCAGAGUGUCAAAGCCUCAUCAAAGAGAAAAGAUAACAAACGAAAUAGAGCUUCAUAAAACUCUCCAACACAAACAUGUGGUGAAGUUUUCUCAUCAUUUCGAAGACCAAGAGAACAUCUAUAUUUUCUUGGAGCUUUGCAGUAGGAAGUCCUUGGCACACAUAUGGAAAGCAAGACACACACUGACAGAUCCUGAAGUACGGUACUACCUCAGACAGAUCAUAUCUGGGCUCAAAUACCUCCACAACAAAGGCAUCCUUCACAGAGACCUCAAAUUAGGUAAUUUCUUUGUGAAUGAGAACAUGGAGUUGCGGUUAGGAGACUUUGGGCUGGCAGCAAAGCUUGAGACUGUUGAACAGAGAAAAAAAACUAUCUGUGGAACUCCAAACUAUCUGGCUCCAGAGGUCCUAAACAGACAGGGUCAUGGGAUUGAGUCAGAUGUUUGGUCACUGGGCUGUGUGAUGUACACACUCUUAUGUGGAAACCCACCCUUUGAAACCCUUGAUCUGAAAGAGACUUACAGAUGUAUUAAGGAGGUGAGAUACACUCUUCCGCCUUCUCUCUCACCUCCUGCCCAGAAGUUGAUUUCAGCAAUUCUACAGAAGAAUCCCACUGAUCGACUCACCCUCGAUCAGAUCCUGUCCCACGAGUUCUUCACCAAGGGUUUCACACCGGACAGACUUCCACCCAGCAGCUGCAUGAUGGUACCAGAGCUUAAUCCUCCCAGCCCUGCCAAGAAAUUCUUCACCAAGAUGGCCAAGAGCCUCUUUGGCAGAAGGAAAUCGAAAGUGGAGAAGAACCCGAGUGAGGAGAAAGAUGACAUCUCCAAAUUGGUGUCGGGCAUUGUAAAAUGCUCCAUCAGCCGACAGAUGAGCUAUAAAACCGUUGGAGCGACUGAGGUCACCUCUCCCACGGGUCAUCAGGCUAGUUCCGGACCUCUGGACACGCAGCCCGAGGAAGAGUCCAGAAAGUCUGCGUCCCGUUCUUUUAAGGGCACUGUAGCCAGCAGCACUGAUGCAUGUGAAGAUGUUUUGACCCCCGCCUCUGUUGCAGAGUCUGCAAUGAAGGUUCUUAGCAACUGCUUAUCAACCAUGCCUGCAGCCUCAAAAAAUCCCCCAUGUCUCUCAAAACCCAAACCGUUUAUCUGGGUGACAAAAUGGGUGGACUAUUCAAACAAGUACGGGUUUGGCUACCAACUCUCCAAUAAGAACAUCGGCGUACUUUUCAAUGAGGGCACACAUCUGAGUUUGUGUGAUCAGCGCAGAACUGUUCAUUACUGUUUGACCAACAAUAAACAUUUCAUCUUCCAAGCUGAGGCUUUGCCGGAGCAACUGCAGAGUCAAAAGCAGAUUGUUGAGUUGAUGGCCAACUACAUGGAACAAAACCUGAUGGAGGGCGGAGAUCUUAACUGUGAAGACCAGCCCCCACCCACCUCCUCUCCUCUGCUCCUGCAGUGGGUGAAGACCGAUCACGCUUUAGUUAUGCUCUUCAACAACGGGACUCUGCAGGUGAAUUUCUAUACAGACCAUACAAAGCUGAUUCUGUGCAAGUCCUCUGACUCAUCCUACCUGCUCACCUACAUCAGCAGAGAGCGAGUGUCCUCCACGUACCCUCUGAGUGUUCUCUCCGAACGAGGCUGUUCUUCAGAACUGCGUCACCGGUUACGUUACGUGGUCCAGCUUCUUCAGCACCACGCAGACGCGUAAUGGACCUCUCCUUAGAUGCGGAACCUCUGGUUCUGCCACAAGCCACAGUUAGCUGCUUUCUGCUUCCACUGGGAGCAAAAAAAAAAAAAAAACAAAACAAAAAAAAAAAAAUUGGAAGUCAGGGGAAGCUUCCCACCUGGCCACGAAGUUCUCCCAUCCUUGGCUAAUGUCAGGCCUUUUUCAACUAUGGUGCACUGUUUUUU